UCAUUCCGCCAUUGCCAAACAUCAUAUAUAAUGUGAUCAUCACAUUUUUAACUUUAUGAAAAUAGUAAAAAAAAGAAAAAGCAUCAUACAAAUUUGAAAAAUUCGAGAAAAAAAUUGAACUAAAGAAAGAAGCAAAUAUAGAUGUUACAGAAAUUAAAAAUAUACAAGACAAUCAAGUUGACUUUCAAGAAUCAGUGAAGAAAAGUAUAUUUUGGAAAAUGCACUUGAAAAGAAAAGCUGGAUUAGAGGAAAUGAAUCAAUGUGUAGAGAACCUGGUAAAGGAAUGCUUAUUCUGGAAAAAGCAGUUGGAAGGUCUGACUUACCAAAAUUGGUUACUAGAAUCAGAAAAGCGGUCCCUCCGAGCCGAUUAUGAAGAACUUUUGGAAAAGACUAAACAUGACAUGGGUAUAAUCCUGAACUUAAAGGACUCUAAAAAGAAAUUGGAUCACGAAACAAAAGAAUACAUUAGGACUGACAGGGAACUCUCAACAUUAUAUUCCAUCAAUACGGAUUUGACCUCGGAUAAAUUGUUACUUGAAAGUAAAAAGAGCGAAUUAUUGGAUUGUUUGAAAAAGAAUACCGCAAAUAUGAAGAGAAUAAAUAAACUUCACAAUUGGAUACAAAAUCUUAUUGAGAAAGAGAAGAAACGUGGCGAGAGGAACAGCAAAAGGUACAAAGAAGAAAUGGGAAAGCUGAAUAAAGCAUUGACUGCCGAUGAUGUUGUGUUUGGAAAUUUCAAAGAAAUUCUUGCAGAUCAUGAACAGUUGAUUGUAGAUUUAGAAUCGUUUCUGAAUAUUGGAUUAAAGGAAUAUUUGAAUCCUGUUUCAACAGAAGACGAUGCAAAGGAGUCAUCCAAACAAGACACAGAAAACAUAUCCGAAAUCGAUACUCUAAACGAGACAGUGGUGAAUGAAAAAGUCAUCCCAAAAGAUGACGAGCCAGCCUCAGAUAAUUUGACUGCAGUGGAGAAAAACAUUUUUGAAGAAUGGCGAAAGAAUAAAAUCAGCUCCGUAUUGAUUGAAAAUGAGAAUUAUCAUCUUUUAAGACACUAUGAAUAUCUUCAUAAGAGGAUGAAAGAUCUGAAUGAACGAUAUAUCGAAAUGGCCGAUCUUCGCAAUAUGAAAGAAGCGGAGCUGCAUCGGUACAUGGCGAAAGCUACGGAUCUGUACCAUACAGUGACGAUGAAAAGAAAGAAGUUCGUUAUUCCACCAAGAGAUGAACGCGAAGAUCUGAGAAUAAGAAUUCGAACUCAAAUGAACGAAAACGAAGCAUUGAGAAAAUUUCUUUCCCUGAGCUUUUCCUACACGAAUGAGGAUUUACAGUUCCAAGAGGAAUUCACUCAUGACCUGAAAGAGUUUUAUACAAGACUUUUCCAUCAAGAAAAAACAGGAACAAAAUCUGCCGUGGAUAGUGACGAGCAAACUACUCCAGAAUCAGUUAAGAGCGAAUGAACAUAUUUAUUU